CUCAUCUCCUCCUCUCAAGCUCUUUCCAAUGGAAACAAUCAAACCCAUUUCAGCUCUUUUCUUCCUCUGCCUCCUCAUGCUCUCUGCCUCCACCGCCAAGCCUGCUGGCAGGAAGAGCACCAAAUCUCACCAGCCCUGCAAAAGGCUCGUGUUCUUCUUUCAUGACAUAAUUUACAAUGGCAAGAACUCCAAGAAUGCAACUUCAGCCAUAGUGGGUGCACCAGCUUGGGCCAACAGGACCCUUUUGGCUGGACAGAACCAUUUUGGGGACUUGGUUGUGUUUGAUGACCCCAUUACUAUGGACAACAAUAUGCACUCGACCCCUGUUGGUCGCGCCCAAGGCUUAUAUGUUUAUGACAAGAAGGAAAUCUUCACUGCCUGGCUUGGCUUCUCCUUUGUUUUCAACUCUACCCACCAUAGGGGCAGCAUCAACUUCGCAGGCGCCGAUCCUCUGAUGAACAAGACUAGGGAUGUCUCGGUGAUGGGCGGCACCGGCGACUUCCUCAUGGCAAGAGGAAUCGCGACUUUGUCGACCGAUGCAUUUGAGGGGGAAGUUUACUUCCGGCUUCGGGUCGAUAUUAAGUUGUAUGAAUGUUGGUAACAUGGUUUUGAUGGUAACUAGAUAAGCUUCAUUUCAUUUGUUUCUUUGAAUCAAUAAUUAGCAAGUUUGAUUGAUUUUGUGGUUGUUUUUUCUUAAACAAGAAAUGUCGUUAGUGGAUACUAUUUUGGUCAUGAUAAGUGGUUCAUGGAA